GUUUCAAUCCGAGCUUGUUCAUGAAUAAGGCGUUACAGGUUUGUUACCGCAUCCAUUCACUCGGUGAGUCGAUAGGUGGAAAACUCGGCAAAUACAUACGCUAAUUUUUCCCGGUUCUAUUGUAGUGAUGCCGUGAAUACGGCUUGUUUUGAUAAAUACAUACAUGUUCGUUUGUUGGUAGUGGCGUGUUCGUGAAAACCUAAAACAUGCGAUUCGGCUCCCGUAGGGGCACAACGUUUCACGUGUAACGAAGAGAAUUACUGCGCACUGCGCGAAUGCUGUUAUAAAUUAGUUGAAUUCUCACUCGCCUUUUCCUGUGACAGGUUUGGUUUUCAGCUCGACUGUAUGAUACAGCCGUCAGGAAGGCACAAAAAUAGUCCUUUUGUAGUCGGAAGAUUCUCUCGCAGUGCGUUCAUGUAAAAUCACUCGGAAUCGGAAUCUGUGCCACCAGCUGUCAAAAUCGUUUGGGACAAACAUUUUUACACUUGUUCAAAACAAUAAUUAAGUGACAACUGUGUUUGAAGGACGAGUUUAGAGUUACUGUUCAAAAGUGUGAUACAAAGUGAAACAACAAAGUGAAUUUCAAGGUGCCACAAGAUUAUCUUGUUGCCAAUCUUAUCGAAGUGACUGUAAUUCAAUGAUUGCAAGCAGAACAUAACAACUGCGAAUGGAUGUGUCGAUAAUUGAUUAAUGGCCCGGAGCUAUGCCAACUGCCUGUGAAAAUGUGAUGUAAUCAAUAGAGCAGCCACUGGUGGAAUUCCCAAAUACUGAAACUUUGCUUGAUUACCAGACAUCUACCAUAACAUCGUACCGCAAGGCAGGUAGUUCCAUGCGUGCGAUUUUCGUCGAGGAAAUUGUCAUUCAAUCACAAGAGGGUUGCUCUCUGUCGGCUGUGUAAGUUGAUUUCUUUUUCGUGAAUGAAGACAUUUCCACGCAUGCCCGACCUCAGCAAAUCUCUCGUCGGAGACGGGAGUCUGGCACCCAAACGAAGAUGAUGCCGUACUUGUCUACAGCGUUACAAACUGCCACAAACGGGGCGAACUUUCGGUGCCACAUGCACAGGCACACACAUCCUAGACCUGAUCACUAGCACUAGCAACGAAGACGACAACGAAAUUUCCGUCUACCGAAGCAGGAACAACAAACUGCACAAACACGGUGUGCGGUGUUCACCCGGUGUUUCUCCUCAUUCAUCAGCCGUUGUUCCGACGUUCCGGACCAGCGUCAUGUUUCUUCUCCGUGGCACAACAGCGUCCUCCACGGUGAACAGAAGUGAGGGCGAAAUAGUAAACAACCUGAUUUUUAGGACUCUUCGAAACUGAACGUAAAAGUAUGCCCACUCGAGGCUCCGAUUUUCGGCAAAAUAUUGUGAAAGUAUAAUUUAGGUCUCCGGGUUUUUUUCCGGAAGCAAAACAUUGCGUUGAAGUGAAAAGUUUGCGAAAGUGUGUGCUCGAAAUUUUAAGCUGCGGGAUCAGCAACAGUCGUCAACGUCGACGAGGAACGAACGCCAGCAGGGAAAAAAGUAAAAAAAGCACAAACUCCGGUGCGGUUAUAUAAUGAGAGGUCGACGAAUUCCGAUAGCAUUGCCAAACACAGGUGCCCUGUCACGUAGACGCCACACGCUUUACAUCCGAUCGGCCAUCAUUAUUUUUAUUCUGUUUGCAUUCCUGCAAUUUCACGUGAUAAACUAUGACUCAAACGAUUCGGGACCUUCGGAUAGUGCCAACUACUCGACGGCAGCGAUCCUGCAGAUGGUGCCACCGGUUUUCCAUAAAUAUCUAACAUCGAAGACCCGAAAUGCGAGUCACGGUCAAAAUGGUAGCUAUCUUGGCGCUAGUGAGGGCAUUCAACGGUCAGCCAAUAUCAGCGAAAUCCUCCGCAUGAUACACCGCUACAACGAACUGCAGACGAUCCUGAACGAGGACAUCUUCGGUCCGUUACAAAAUGAUUCUGUGAUAAUAGUAGUGCAGGUACACAAACGGAUAACCUAUUUACGGCAUCUAAUCGUCAGCUUGGCACAGGCGAAGGACAUCUCCCGGACGUUGCUGGUCUUCUCGCAUGAUCACUUUGACGAUGACAUCAACGAUCUGGUGCAAAGUAUAGAUUUUUGCAAGGUUAUGCAGAUAUUUUAUCCCUUCUCAAUACAAACUCAUCCGAGUGAAUUCCCUGGAGCAGAUCCCGGAGACUGUCCCAGAGAUAUCAAGAAGGAACAGGCACUGUUACGUAAAUGUAACAACGCGCUGCACCCGGAUCUGUAUGGCCACUACCGAGAGGCUAAAUUCACUCAAACUAAACACCACUGGUGGUGGAAAUCAAACCGAGUGUUUGACCAGCUAGAAGUUACCAAAUACCACACAGGUCUUGUGGUCUUUCUGGAGGAGGAUCAUUACGUCGCGGAAGAUUUCCUCUAUAUCCUAGAGCUGAUGCAGCAAAAGUCGCACGAACUGUGCCCCAAGUGUAAUAUUCUAUCGUUAGGAACAUAUCUUAAGACUUUCAACUACUAUACAUACAACAAGAAGCAGCAAAAGCAACUACUGCAGCAGCAACAGCAACUGCUUCAGAAGCAACAAUCUCAACGACAACAACAAUCCAACAACGGCGAUAGCGACGGUGGUAGCCAGAGUGGUCAACUUACUACCGAAAAAUACGCCUCGCAGUCUCAGUGGGGCUACCAGGUGUUACCGACACUCUACUCGAUUUACCAAAAGGUGGAGGUGACGCCCUGGAUCAGUAGUAAACACAAUAUGGGUAUGGCAUUCAAUCGGUCCACGUGGCACGAGAUUACUCGAUGUGCGCGUCACUUCUGUGAGUACGACGACUACAAUUGGGACUGGUCGUUACAGCACGUGUCACAGCAGUGUCUUAAACAGAAGCUACACGUGAUGGUCGUCAAAGGCCCCCGAGUUUUCCAUAUUGGUGAAUGUGGAGUCCACCACAAAAAGAGCAAUUGUGAGUCCAACCAGGUGAUCUCGAAAGUUCAGCAGGUUCUGCGGGUGGCAAGUCGAUCCCGUCAGCUCUAUCCGAAGUCAAUCUCCCUAAUGGUGGCCAGUGUCAUCAAGAAGACCAAACUGCGCAAAGGCAACGGAGGCUGGGGAGACCAGCGGGAUCAUCAGCUCUGCUUCAACAUGACCCUGAUCGGGCGGUAAUCCGUAAGAAUGUGCAACAUUCCUACUCCUCAUCUUGGAGAAUAGUAAGGUGGAAACGGGUGUUUUUAUUUUUGUGUAUAGAUACGACUGACGAUUAAUAGAGACUCGAUGCAUCCAUCGCCACCACCGUGAUUUAGGGGAAAGCUCUUAGCACUACACGUCCUAAAGAAAAAGUACUACAUUCAGUAAACUACGUGCAAGACGCUUUUGGGAAUACACUAGACUAGCAUUAAUGCCAAACAAGGGAUUUCGUAGGCAAUCGUGUAGAUUUGUGUGUAUGGAAGAUAGUUCAAAAGUACCGUUUUAUAUGUAGAGACACAUUUAGCUUUUUCCUGCAUGACAUUUGAGAUGAAAUUCGACUCUAUUUUCUCACCUCAUUCUGAAUAGCCGAAUCAGAUGACGGGAGAAAUUUACGUGACAAAUCUUUUCUAGAAUUCGUGUCGACUCUUACAAUUAGACGAAAAAAGAUCUAUGAAAGUCACGCGGGAUAAGGUUAAAAGUGGUAUGGUCAAGGCAUGCCGAAAAUAACUAUUUGAUAUUUAAUAGAAUGAAUGUAUCUAUUUUUAUCCCACUAGAUGGGAUACCACACUAUUUCAUUCAUUAUACGACCAACAAUUUGAAGGCAAUAUCUUCCCUUCGCUCCCCAGUAGAAAUAAUAUCAAUAUGAGUUAAGUUUGUAUUUGACCGUAUUUAAAUAUUCGAUUCGAGUGCUCUUGUUCUUAUUCUACCAUUUGAGUCAAUCCUUUGAACGGAUAGCAAACCUCGCUCGAACCAAUGGUUUGAAAUGGGUAGGACAAUUAAAGAAGGACAAAGUUUAAAUUACACUCUCAAUUUUACUUAUGUGGAUGAACUUAGGCGACAUAAAAUAAAUCCAUCUCAAACCUUGAUAUAAUUUGUCUAACGCAAAGUGGUUUUGCAACGAACCUUAAACGAAAAAAAUACGUGUCUAAAUUAAAUUCUUCUUUGAUACGUAUUAUAUCAGUGGCUAUAAACCCCGGCGCUAAUUUAGAAGUUUUGUGCUAAAAUUAAUAGGUGGUUACUUAAAUUUUAUAUCACCGAUCGAAUUUCGUAUAUCUGUCAAAUUAAUGACAUACCUCUAAAUUUAACAAUUCCUAUCUGAAUUUCACAUUCCUUCCAUCUAAUAAUAAUAAUAAUAUUGAUUUUUGUUUAGGAAGUAUAUUUCUUAUAACGGUUCUUAGAAUUUUAGUUCAAAAACAAAUUUUGAUUUGACAUGUGAAGCUGAAGGAACAAGAGUUGAAAAAAUAAGUUUAGUUUGGUUUCCAACCGUUCCUAAUCAAUAGUAGUUCUAAUUAUUUAAAUUCUUAGACCAAUAUAGCUAAGUUUUCUUUAUUUUUUUUAUUUUUUCUACCAUAAAUCUAGGAUCCUUUUCUUCUAUUUCUUCGUUUUUCUUCCAUGUUUCAUCAUUGUUCUAGUUCUAGGAACUUUUUCUUUUUGUAAAAUUGGCAGUAACUUUAUCGGAAAACCUUCAGGAAAUUUGUAUUGCGCUUCCAAUUCCUUUCAUUGAAAACUGUGUCGACACGAAUUUUGAAUAUGUUAUACGUAAUCUAACAAAACUAUCCGGAAACAAAAAAAAACGGUUUGGUUUGACGCACAUUUGUUUCAACUUCAUUUUUAUUGUGCAUUUCCUAAAUAUGUUAUAAAUUUGUGCUCGAUAUCAGAAGAAAAACCGCCACGACUCAAACAUAUUACUGUUUGUACGUAACCUGUAUGUAUAAAUCACUGGCUUAGUUCCAUAGAGUUUAAAGUUCAUUACUUCAUUGUAAUACACGUUUCAUUGUUUAUGUAAGCGGAUUCUAAUUUUAUCAUUAGUGCCGGGGACAUCUGAGUACUAUACAGAUAUUAAUGAUUCUCAUGCUUUGUUCUAUCGGUUCGAUUUUAUAUUGUUCAGAAAAUCAAAAUUCCUCACUAAACUAUUCACUUUUUAUAGUCUUGAAACAUAAAUCAAAUUUGAAAUAAAAUUCAAUAAACCCCACGUUAGUCAGGAAAGAAUAAUAACAAUAAAAAUCCACAAUAAAACGAAACACGUACGAAAUAGGAAGAAAUAUGCCACUUGUACCAGUAAGCACGAAGAUUUUAGAUGAUAUAUUAGAAAAACUAAAUAAAAGUAACAAACGAUAGAAACCAAACGAGGAAACAAUACCAAAACCAAACAACACAACGGUUGAAAAACGCACACCUCAAAAUCCUGCUUCUGCUAAGGUUAUUAAGACAUACUUACCAUAAGUUGAAUUCACAUGUUCAUCCGUCAGUGUUUUGGUGCAAUACCACAACCCUAAUACAAACAUCACCUCUAGUCAUCGCCGAUAUGUUAAAAUAAUUUUUAUAUUGUUGCAUUUAUUUGUUUCUCUUGUUACGUUAUAUAUUUCCAUUAGUUAUCAUUGUUUCUGUUGAUAUGUCAUUUCAUGACGAAAGCUACAAAUAAAGACGUGAUACCAGUCCUAAAAAGAUCACAAGUUUGCAAUCUGAUUCGUGUAAGAAAAGGUAACGUAACAGAUACAAAACUGGAAUUUUAGUAUAUAGGUAAAAAUGAAUGUAAAUACAUUUUGAAAAAUACAAUUUAAAUUAUGUGUAAAACAACCCUA